AUGCCCUCCUCCAGCACCGGAACCGAGUAUUGGAUCGAUGGCUCCCGCCGGGAGACAGCCCUGGAGGAUUUCUACAUCGUGGGCCCGGAGCUGGGACGGGGAGCCACCUCGGUGGUGUUCAGCUGCCAGGAGAAGGGCACGGGCACUCCCUAUGCUGCCAAGAUCCUGAAGAAGACAAUUGACAAAAAAAUCGUGAGGACGGAGAUCGGGGUCCUGCUGAGGCUCUCACACCCCAACAUCAUCAAGCUGAAGGAGAUCUUCGAGACACCCUCUGAGAUCGUCCUCGUCCUGGAGCUGGUGACAGGAGGGGAGCUCUUUGACAGGAUCGUGGAGAGGGGAUUCUACAGCGAGCGGGAUGCAGCCCACGUGGUCAAGCAGAUCCUGGAAGCUGUUUGGUAUCUGCACAAAAAUGGAGUUGUCCACAGGGACCUGAAGCCUGAGAACCUGCUCUAUGCAGACCUCUCCCCUGAUGCUCCCCUUAAAAUCGGUGACUUCGGGCUCUCCAAGAUCGUGGAUGACCAGGACACCAUGAAAACCGUCUGUGGGACCCCGGGGUACUGCGCCCCUGAAAUCCUCCAGGGGGGUCCGUACGGCCCCGAGGUUGACAUGUGGUCCGUGGGGGUCAUCACUUACAUCCUGCUCUGCGGUUUCGAGCCUUUCUUCGACCCCCGGGGGGAUCAGUACAUGUACGGCCGCAUCCUCACCUGCGACUACGAGUUCGUGUCCCCCUGGUGGGACGAGGUUUCCCUGAACGCCAAGGACCUGGUGAGAAAGCUGAUUGUGCUGGACCCCCAGAAGAGACUGACGGUCCAGCAGGCACUGGAGCACCCCUGGGUCACCGGGAAAGCCGCCAAGUUUGCCCACAUGGACAGCACGCAGAGAAAGCUGCAGGAAUUCAACGCCAGGAGGAAGCUGAAGGCUGCCAUGAAGGCCGUGGUGGCUUCCAGCCGCUUGGGCAACCACGGCCACCACGACUGCUCCCGCAGUGGCCGCAGCCGGGGGGGGGGACACCCCGGGGACACCCGCCUGCCCCAGGGCACAGGGACCCCCGGCCCCGAAGCCACCAACACGGCCACCCCCGAGGAGCUGGAGGCUUUUCCCAGCGAUGUCCCUGCCGUGUCCGAGGGUCCCAUGAAGAGCUGA